AUGAAGUUCCUAGGUUCCAUCUUGGCUGCUACUUUUGUUGCUGUGUCUACAGCAUUUCCUGCUUCUGUGCAUAACUCUUUAAACACUAUCCAUGGCAACAAUGGCGAUGCCUCAACUACACCUUUCUAUGUCACUGCACCUCUUGAAAACACUACCUAUACAGCGCCAUCGAUUGUCACCACAACUUGGCUCAAUGGCAUUGAUGAGCAAUUUACCAUCGCUGUUCUGGAAGGCAAAGAUCCUGCGUCAAUGAAACCUAUUGGCCUUAAUUUAACAGCUAACGGCAAGACUGGAACCUACGUAUGGACUGUUCCUAAAGAGCUUGUUGGUGGUACUUACGCAUUCCAAUAUAUCUUUGAUCUUUAUGGUAUCACCUCUGCUACCUAUUCUAAUCAAUUCAAGGUCAUUGGUAAUGGCUCUGCCAAUACCAGUGCCACUACUGUUGCCCCAGCGUCAAUUAUUUAA